GCAGGCGUCCGGGCGCCCUACCUCCCCCCCCGGCCGGGCCCGGGCGCCCUUUGCCCCCAGGAGGAAUCAUUAACGGGGGGGGGGGGUGGAUCAUUAACAGGGGCCGAGAGGGCCCAGGCGUCCGGGUGACCUCCCCCCCCCACCGCCGCAGGGACCCAGGCGUCCGGGCCCUUUGCUCUAACCACUAGGCCUCAUUCCACCACCCCCACAGGGACCCAGGCGUCCGGGUGCUCCCCUCUGCCCCCCCCCCCAGGGGGCCCAGGCGUCCCGGCCAGGCCGGACUUCGCCCCCCGCCCCUCCCCCAGGGCUGGUGGCCCGGGGCCAGCGGGAGCCACCGUCCCCCCCCCCCCGCAGCCUCCGCUUGAGCCAGGUAGGGACGGGGGCCCCGGACGCCUGGGCCCCUCCCCGCUCGGGGUGGGGGGGGCACGUGGCCCGGACGCCUGGGCCCCUCUCCUGGGCGGGGGUUUGGGCCUGGACCCCGGCGGGAGGGGAGGGGUGGGUUAGAGCGGGGCCCCCAGAUGCCUGGGUCCCGUGACCAGGACGCCUGGGCCCCUCGUCCCAAACUCCCGGGUCCCUCGUCAUGGCCAACUUAGGUCCCUCAUCCCGGACGCCUGGGCCCCUUGUCCUGAACUCCCGGGUCCCUCAUCAUGGCCAGCUUAGGUCCCUCAUCCCGGACGCCUGGGCCCCUCGUCCCAGACGCCUGGGCCCGUCAUCCCGGACUCCUGGGUCCCUCGUCCCGGUCUCCUGGGCCCCUCAUCCCAAACGCCUGAAUCCCCUGGCCCGGAUGCCCGGGGGUCCCUCAUCCCGGACUCCUGGGCCCCCCGGGCGCCCGGUGGCAGGCGGCUCGCGCAGGCCAUGGGGGCGCCGGGGCCCCCGGACGGCGGCUGGGGCUGGGCCGUCGUCGCCGGCGCCUUCGUGCAGUCGGCGCUCGUCUUCGGCGUCAUCCGCUCGCUCGGCGUCUUCGUCGCCGCCUUUGCGGGGGCCUUCGGGGCGCCGGCCGGCGGCGUCUCCUGGGUGGCCUCGCUGGGCAUCGCCGUGCUCCAGCUCGGUGGCCCCCUGGGCAGCACCCUGAGCACCUGCUUCGGCACCCGCCCCGUGGUCAUGGCCGGCGGCUUCCUCUCGGGGCUGGGGCUCUUCCUGGGCGCCUUCGCCACCCGCCUGGCCCACCUCUACCUCAGCGUGGGGCUGCUGGCGGGCCUGGGCUGGGCGCUGGUGUUCACGCCCUCGCUGGCGGCCGUGGGCCGUUACUUCACGUCGCGGCGGGCCCUGGCCACGGGGCUGGCAGUGUCGGGCGCCAGCGUCGCCUCCUUCGCCCUGGGGCCCCUGGCGCAGCUGCUGAUGGAGGCCUACGGCUGGCGGGGGGCCCUGCUGCUGCUGGCCGCCAUCUCCCUCAACCUGGUGGCCACGGGGGCCCUGCUGCGGCCGCUGGUGCUCCCCGGCGAGGCGGCAACACCGCGGGGGCCCCGGUGCCGCCCGGCGCCGCCCCGGCUCCUCCGCCACGGCCCCUUCGUCCGCUACGUCCUGGCCUUCGUCCUGGUGGACGCUGGCUACUACGUGCCCUACGUCCACGCCGUGGGGCGGGCCCGCGAGCUGGGCUGCGACGAGUACCGGGCCGCCUUGGUGACAUCGGCGGCGGCGGCGGCCGACGGCGGCGGCCGCGUCUUCGCCGGCUGGUUGGCCGCCCGGCCCGGCGCCCGCUUGCUGCGGCACCUCUUCGCCUGGGCCUUCCUCACGGGGCUGGCCCUCCUCCUCCUCCCGCUGGGCACCUCCUACGCCGGCCUGCUGGCCCUGGCGCUGGGCUACGGGUUCUGCGCCGGCGCUGUCGUGCCCCUCCAGUUCUCCGCCGUGGCCGAGAUCGUCGGCGCCGGGCGCCUCCUCCACGCCAUCGGCCUCAUGCAGAUGUUCGAGAGCCUCGGCUCGCUGCUGGGCGCCCCGCUCGCCGGUUGGCUGCGGGACCUGAUGGGGAACUACACGGUCUCCUUCAUCGCCGCCGGCGCCUUCCUCGUGGCCGGCAGCCUCCUCCUCCUCACCCUCCCCGGCUUCUUCGGCACCUCCCCGGGCUCCGGCGGCAAAGAGGAGAGUCACGACCCGGCGGCCCCAACCCCUGGAGGCCCCGAGGCCGCAGCGGGCCCCCCUGUGCCGGGAGGCCCCGGGGUGAUCUAGAACCAGCUACGUUAAACCCGCUGCUCUCUGCAAAGCUCG